AUGGUUCCUCACUCUGAGGACAAGGUUCGACACUCUCAGGACAUAGGCACCUCAAUCUCAGGACAAGGUUCCUCACUCGGAAGACAAGGUUCCUCCGUGUAAAGGCAGGUUCCUCACACUAAGGACAAGGUUCCCGAUUCUGAGGACAAAGUUCAUCACUCUGAAGGCAUGUACCACAAUCUAAGGCAAGGUUCCUCACUCUGAGGACAAGGUUCCUCACUCUGACGACAAAGUUCCUCACUCUGAGGACAAGUUUCCACACUCUGAGGACAAGGUUGCUCACUCUGAGGACAAGGUUCCUCAUUCUGAGGACAAGGUUCCUCACUCUGAGGACAAGGUUCCUCACUCUGAGGACAAGAUUCUCACUCUCAGGACAAGUUUCCUUACUCUGAAGACAAGGGUCCUCACACUGAGGACAAGGUUCCUCACUCUGAAGACAAGGUUCUUCACACUGAGGACAAGGUUCCUCACACUGAGGACAGGGUUCCUCACUCUGAGAACAAGGUUCGUCUGUCUGAGGACAAGCUUUCUCACUCUGACGACAAGGUGCUUCACACUGAGGACAAGGUUCCUCACUCUAAGAACACUGAGGAACCUUCACCUCAGAGUGAGAACCUUGUCCUCAGAGUGAGGAAGCUUGUCGUCAGAAUGAGGAACCUUGUUUUCAGAGUGAGGAACCUGCUUCAGAGUGAGAAACCUUGCCCUCAGAGUGCGGAUCCUAGUCAUCAGAGUGAGGAACCUUUUCCUCAGAGUGAGGAACCUUGUCCUCAGAGUGAGGAAUCUUGCCUGAGAAUGUGGAACCUUGUUCUCAGAGUGAGGAACUUUGUCCUCAUAGUGAGGAACCUUUUCCUCAGAGAGAGGAACCUGCCUUCAGAGUGA